UGUGUUACGGCUAGUGAGUGAACAUACCAUACUCUUUGAUAUAUUAACAAAGCUGAUGGACCGAUGUCUUUCAUCGCUUUAUAGAAAAUGAACGAUACAAGAAAUAGAGAUUGGGGUUUGAAAGAAACUGCGUUCCGUUGUGUUUCCUUUUCAUAGUUACUGCCAAGUUAUUUCUGUUACGAAGGAAGCGGAGAUAUAAGUUAAACUUAUUACUUUUGUAUAUUUUUGCCUGAAAAUCACCUUUAAGACUAUUUGAACAUGGCUGAAACUGUUAUGUCUGUGUGUUGGAAAGACCACACCAGUGAUCUGGCUACAGUAUAUAAAAGUUUAUUAGAGAACAAUUUUUUGGUGGAUUGCACUCUAUCUGCUGAGGGCCAGACCUUAAAAGCUCAUAGGCUAGUUUUGUCUGCAUGCAGUCCAUACUUUCAUAUGUUGUUUUGUGAGGAGACUGGGAAGCAUUCGUUUAUCAUCCUGUUGGAAACAUCAUUUGAAAUACUGAAGGCAGUGAUUGAUUUUGUGUACCAAGGUGAGACCCAAAUUUCAGAUGGGAACUUAAAAGCAUUUCUGGCCCUUGCUCAGUCCUUGCAGAUUAAGGGUCUAAAAGAUUUUACUAAGAACUAUAAGAGUAAGAAACCCUCCUACAGUACUGCUGAAACAUGUCUUCAAGGACUAUCUGAUGAUAAACAAGCCACCUGUGAAGUUCAAAGUGUUCAUUGUACCCACAAGAUAUAGUGCUUCAGGCGACAAAGUGCAGUCUCCUCAGGAAUAUCAGAUUCCUCUGGGGUAUGAUGAAAUGCCUGUAGAAACAGAAAUAACUCUGAAACAGGAACCUUUGAAUGCUGCAUUUUCAGAAACUGGAAAUGACAUAAUGGAUAAUGUGAAAAGUAAUGAACCUACACCUGAAACUUGUAAAAGUGAAAUUGAUGCAAGAAAUUCGUCUUCCUUUGGAGAACAGCAUUUUAACCAGAAUUCAUGUUGUAGUGAGUUGUCUCAUGGAAAAAUGGAAUCCUCAGUUAUGGUACCGUCACAACAGCAAUUGAGUGAAGAAAUGUCCUGUGUCCAAGACGUUAUUGAGGAAGAAGAACCUUUGCAACCGGAGAUUUUGGUCCCAAAAAGUGAAUGUGUGGAUGACGAUGAGAGUCAAGAACCCAUUUAUGACUCUGAUUUGUCAGAAAAUGAUAAAAAUGAAACAGACCAAGUAACGGAACCAGCACAUGGUGAACAAGGACCUGACCAAUGCCCAAGCUCCAGCACUGGAGGAGCGAUCGUUCGCAUGUCACAAGUGAUCCGCACCGCUUCUUCUCGCGCGGCUGGUUCCCCCGCUCGCCGCCGCAGGACAAGCGGACUCUGCUUGAGGACGUCUUCAUCCCAAGCCCAUGAGAAGCGCCGAGGUUCUUCACACGCUGCCUUUAUGACCGUGGGAAAGGAAUGGUGGACGAGUGACACCGCCGACAGUGGGCGCCGACAGCCUCGAGGCCGUCAACAUGGACAACUUCACAGAUUAGAACACUUCCGAGUAAACAAUGGCUACUUGACCAUGGCUAAAGCAGCCUUUUCUCUGUGUUGGGAAGAUCACACACGUCAGCUUGCUGCAGUAUAUACAAGUUUAUUGCAGAACAAUUUUUUGGUGGAUUGCACCAUAUUUGCUGAGGGUCAGAGCCUAAAAGCUCAUAGGCUGGUUUUAUCUGCAUGCAGUCCUUAUUUUCAUAUGCUGUUUCAAGAAGAGACCGGGAAGCAUCCAUUUAUCGUUCUUGUAGAUGCAUCGUUUGAAACACUCAAGACAGUGAUUGAAUUUGUGUACCGAGGGGAGACCCAAAUUUCAGAAGGGAACUUAAAAGCAUUUCUGACUCUGGCCCAGGCCCUACAGAUCAAGGGUCUAAAUGCUUUUUCCAAAAAUGAUAAAAAUAAGAAUCCAUCCAGCAAUAAUACAGGAAAUACGCCUCAAGAACCAUGUGAAGAUAAUGAAAACACCUGUGAAGUGCAAAGUAAUGCUAGCAAUGAGGACAAUCUUGAAAAUAAUUUCCAGCCACCCCACUAUUCGGAAGGGUAUCCAGAUUCUGAGCGAACAAUGUUCUCAGUUGGUGAUGAAGGCCGUGGUGACUCAGUUGCAGAAGGGCAGUCUCCACGAGAACCCCUCAGAUCCCUGGGAUGUGAAGAGGCUCCUGUAGACUCUGAAAUAACAGUGAAGCAUGAGCCUUUGUUUUCUGAAUUUUCAGAAGACAGAAAUGUAAUUUUGAAAAAUAUCAGAAGUAAUGAAUCCACAUCUGCGAGUGAAAUAAAUGGAGAAACUGCUUUUAUAACUGAUUGCUGUGAAUCCUCUCAUGGAAAUGAAGAAUCAACAGUAAAACCACCAUCACAACAGGAAAUAAUGAAAUUGAGCAGUAAAGUGUCUUCUGGCAGAGAUGAACCUUUGCAUCCAGAGAUUUUGGUUCCCAAAAGGGAACACAGGGAUGAUGAGAGGAAAGAACCUAAGGAUGACACUGAUCAUCCAAGAAAUGAUACAAUUGAAACUGAUGAACCCACAGAACUUUCUUAUAAUGAACAAAAUCUUGAUCAAUGCUCAAGUGCAGGCAGCCUCUUACGAAAAAACGGGAAAACGCAGCGACGCUGCGGCAUGCGCCUGCGCGCUCGACGAACGGAGAAGAUUCAGGCGCUUCCAUUGCGGGAGGGCCAACGCUCCGGCGAAGAGGGGCCUACGGCCUCGUCGUCGUCGUCGUCGUCGUCGUCGUCGUCCGCCGCCGCCGCCGCCGCAUGCUCUCGCGAACGCCAGCACAGCUGCGACGUUUGCGGAGCCUCCUUCACCAAGUCCCACGACCUCCUCAUCCACGGGCGCACGCACACCGGUGAGCGGCCGUUUCGCUGCGACGUGUGCGGUAAAGCGUUCGCUCACCGGAGCUCCCUCGUCAUGCACCUACGCACGCACACGGGCGAACGGCCGUAUCGGUGCGACGCGUGCGGUAAAACGUUUGCGUAUCCCAGCGCCCUCCGCUAUCACACGCGCACGCACACCGGAGAGCGUCCGUAUCGUUGCGAUGUGUGCGGGGACGACUUCGCCCGUGUAGGCCAUCUGGCCCGUCAUAAGCGCGUGCACGUGGGUGAACGACCACCUCCUCCGACCCCUCACCCGCAGCCAUCCAACACAUUCUCCGUUCCAAACUUCCUUCUGCGCGCUCUCCCGUGCCUCGCCACCUAUAGCAAGACUGAUGACUACGGGAAAGUCGUCGAAAGCCGGAUAACUGAAUAAACCUAAAUUGACAAAGAUGACGUCCAUUAUUUCAUCCUUUAAUAAUGUCAACACAUCAGCAUUCCCUCAAUAUCGUAUUAUACGGUUUUAACAAUCUACUGAAGACAAUGGACUUCUGUGGGCCGAAGGUGCGCCAAAAAGACGAAGUGAGCUAUUUCAUGAAGCUGUUUUGAGCAACCGCCAACGAAACGCACCUCACGUUCUGCACCUGCAGCUUCUGUUCGAUUUGAUGAAGUUGGACACUGGCCAGCGCACAACAGCAACAGACGAAGGUGUAAAUUGAGUGUAAAUAAACUUUCCCGAACAAGAUGUAUAAAAUGUGACGUGACUUUGUGCUUCUACGAGAAGAGACACUGCUUCUUGCUGUACCAUAAAAAAUAAUGACACCUUCCUAAAUGUGCAACAAAUUCUGUUUAUAUUUUA